CCCAAUUAGAAAUAAUAUAAAAUAUAAAAAGCUUAUCUCAAUUUCGACACACAAAAUAUACACACCAAUUGUUCAUUAUUUAGUUCAGCACGGGAAAACAUCUCUAACGAUUAUCUCAAUCAUUCAAAUAAUAAUUAUUAGCAAACUGGGUACUAAAACAGAAGCAAACAAUAAAUGUUAAAAGGAACAACUAUUCAACUAAAGAUUUUUAUUAAGCGCCAUAAAAAUAAGAAUGAAUCAACUAAGUUCCCUCUUUGCUCUUUUUGCCUUCUUACAAAGGCUUCUUGGUAAGUACUUAAAAUAUUUAGUUUUAAAAAGAAUAAGUUUACAGAUAUUAAUAGCCCAGAUGAUUUAUUUUUUUUUUGGACACACUAACGGCACGCUAGGUUUUAUAGGACGACAAACGAAAUUUCCUAAACUAUUUUCUUAAAUUCGUAUUUUUUAAUUCAACACAGGCACAAUUUCAAAUGGUGCAGUCAAUUCUCCACAAAACCUCCUGAUAUUUUCGACAUAUCUUCAUAUUCAUUACAACAUUUUAAAAAAAUAUACCAUUUUGAACUUCGGUUAAAGAACUUAAUUGAUAAUAUAAAAUUAGCUAAAUAUAACAUUCUUGUUUUGUUUCAGUAGAUUAUCUUUAUAUCUUGUCAUUUCAAGGCUAAAAAAUUUUUAAAUUACGCGCUAUUAUUAAUGUCUAAUGCUGUUUCGAUGAAUAUAUUUGUAUAAAAAACUAAACAUAAGGUGAUCCAAAUAGAAAACUCCGAUCAUCCGAUAGUGGCAAACUAUUGAUACCACGUGUUCGCCUUGAGACUUACCGGAAGAUGCACGUUCGCAUUUCCUGGCCCAACACUUUGGAACACAGUUCCUGUCACUCUCAGAAAAAGCCAGACUCUGGAGUUUUUCAAAACUGAUUUGAAAACAUAUCUUUUUCAAACACCUGUUGAGGGGAGUUUGUCUACCAUGUUUUCCAGCUAACUAUUAUCUCCUAGAUGUAAAGUGGCCUGUGUUGUUUAUGGUUGCAAGGGAUGAAAGACUUAGAAUGGAUAUUCUCGUAUGUAGUUUUUGUAACGAUGCGUUUUGAAUUUCUAUGUGGCAAAAUAUAUAUUUUUUCAUUUCUUUUUAAUAUGGAUGACUUUUUACCGCGCUUUGAGCCCUUGGGAAUGAAGCGUGAUUUUCAAAUACUAUUUAUUAUUAUUAUUAUUAUUAUUAUUAUUAUUAGGCGUGAAAACUAAAUAAAAUUUUUCCAAAGCAGUAAAAUUAGGUACCAGGUAUCUUGGGUAUUCUUUAUUAAUUACCCCGAGAGUUAGACUAGUAAGUGUAGCACUUAAGAUAUAUUUAAUUGAACUGGCAAAUAUAUAUCAAUUUCUAUCAUACAAUUUUUGGGCGUUUCGACACAUAAUGAGGUACUGCACCAGUCAGCUCCUGGAAAGUCUUACUCAGAGCCCGAAAUUGAAAUGCUCAAAUUUGUAGAGAGAUCCUCUCUCUUCGGUACCAUGAACAUCGCUGAUGAGGUGAUCCAUCAUGUUGCAAGGGCGAGGGCGGCAUAUGGCACAAUAUCAAAGAUUGAUUGUUCUAAGAGUCGUAUCUAGUAUAACUAUAAGAAAAUUCAACAAGUCUUGUCACCUACUGCGUCCUGUUCUAUUUGACUAAGUUUUGCCAGCGGAUGAAAUAGCGGUGGAUGAGAGAGUGACACCGAUGAAUUUUAAAAAAAAAUCUUCUUCACAGUAAUCAAAAUACAGCUUAACUCAAGGCUACUACUCAAGUGGAACCCGCGGUCAUCUUCGCAUGCUACUGACGUACGAUAACAAUAACUUUGUGACUUGUGGUCUAUACAGUCAUAAAAAAAGCUAAGCUACAUUCACAUAACGAGCCUCAGAGACAAUACUCAGUAUAAAAUAAAAGGACAGGGUCCAAAACAUUAACAUUUUAAAUAUCCCCUUUAGCAUCCAUACAAUUAAAAUGAUGUCAUUUUUCUACGUUUGAGACAGAGUGACAGACCCCGGUUACCCCAGACAAUAUUUCAUGACGAGCUUGGCAAGUAUCGUAGUGGUAGUAAAGAGGCACGCUUCAUAGACGUCUUGAUGGAUUAAUUGUACUGCAUAAACAAGAACACUGAUGAGAUAAAGAAAAAUCCUCCAGCAAUGUUGCGCUCCACCUCACACACAACAUCCCAUUCACGAAGUUAAUUGAAAGAAUCUGCUGAAAAGACAUUUUAAUACAGUCGCGAAAUGGUCGGGUUCCUAUCACGCAUGACAACAUUUCGUUACAAGAAUAGUUCUUAAUUGCAACGGGCAAAAGCAGCGUCAACAACGUCAAUUGAUUAAAUAGAAACAAAAACUUGUCGAUUCUAUGGGCACAUGUACACAUCAGCGAACAGCACGCACCUUCGUACACAACACUCAAACUUGCACAUUAAAUGCACAACUAUUUGCUUUUGUGUCACAGCAUCAGGACCGUGCGAAUUGAUGGAUUGAAACAGUUUGUUUAUAUAAAUAUAUAUAUAUAUAUAUAUUAAAUAUAUAUAUGAUAUGUGUGUGUGUAAACUAGAGUUAACCCACAAAACAAUAACGGUGGCAAUGCUGCAUCUAUUUCCCAUAAACUCAAGUUACUUAAGACAUAAAUGCACACUAGUUACACACCUUAAAGAAACGUUCCUAUAAGUGCUUACUGCCAAUAUGCAAAGUGCGUCUUCCAAACACAAGUUUUCAGCAAAACACAUUCAUAUCUAGAGACAUAUAUCUUACUAGAUAUAGCUAAACAAUCAUGGGUGACAGCAAUGCAUGAAAUUCCCAUUUAUUAAAGUUACUUGACAAAACGUGAACUCAAGUAUCUCACAUUUAUGAAUCCGAAAUCGUGGAUUAGAGAAGCAGUCCAUUGGGAAGCACUAGAUACGCCAGAAGCUUAAUAUACAUAAGAUAAUAAGAGACUCGUGGACUGCUUCCUAAUGGACUUCCUCCUAAUCCAAGAAUUCGGUAAUGAGAGUAUAUUACAAGUAAGUUUAUAUGUUCGAAAGAAAGUAUGGUUCAAUGAUGAGCUCAAUAGCACGCAAACAUAAUUCACGAAAACUACGCUAAAGGCAAUAUAUAUAUAUAUAUAUAUAUAUAUAUAUAUAUAUAUAUAUAUAUAUAUAUAUAUAUAUAUAUAUAUAUAUAUAUAUAUAUAUAUAUAUAUUUAUAUCUCGAGACUACGUAGAAAAAAUUGGGAUUCUUAAAUGUGCCUUACUUGAGUUCAAGUUAUGUCAAGUAACUUAAGUAGAUGGGAAGUUCACGGAUUGAUGUUGCCAAUGUUUGGCGGGCUGUAUCUAGUAUAUAUAUCUAUAUAUACAUAUGAAUAGCAAUAUUUAUUUAUUUAUUUUAUUUAAUGUGAAUUUAUUUGUCUAAAUAGUAUGUUCUUUGGUUACAAAACUCAUAUUUACACCGGAAUUACCUUUUUUCUCAAGACCCCGAAGAGAAUUGCGAAGUGACUAACCAGUUCAAAACAUGUUUUAUUUUUUUUUUCUUUAAGGAAUACACGGAUUGGAGAUCACUUUGGAUGGGUUUGAAAACAUCAACUGUGGUAAGCCAGGAAAGGUAUGCAGGAGCGCCCUUGCAGCGUACAACAUAACAGGAAGGAUCAUUCUGGGUGAAGGGGAGUUAAUGCCACCCUUUAUUGCUUAUGAAUAUAAGUGUCCUGCAACAAAUCAUUGUUUAACUUUCGAAGGACGCGGUGAAGUCUGGGAUCGGGUAAGAUGUGUUACAUAAUGGUCAAAAAUAAACCUAACAACAUAGUCGGUUCUUACUCCUUUACACAGUCGUUUACAACUAUUUCAUUAAUUGCACCGUGUGCAAUAUCGGUUGACUAAGUCUCUCAUGCCAACAAAGGUAACACAUCUAUUUUCUAAUUGGAAAAAAAAAAAGCAAAACGUAAGAAGUUUUCCAAAGAAGCACAAACGACUUCUAUGUAUGUUUAAGAUAUAAUUUUUGAAGUGUGCCCAUUUGUAGUGAAUAGUUACUGGCUUCAUUGUGGUGGAACUGGGGUUGCGGAGAGUACCAGAUGUGACCCUAAAGGGGAAUGGGUGAUGAGUCUAAAGGAAAUAUUGAAAUUUUCUAGAGCUCUCUCAAAAGAUGACUUGAAAAAAAAAGAAUUAGUUUACAUACUAAAGCAUGGUUCUCUCAGAUAGGGGGACCACCAGAGAAGAGUGCCAACAGAAGUAGGCCCAAAAUAAGUGAGCCACGAUAUAAGAGGGUCACCAGAUAAGACUGCCACCAGAUAAAAGCCCCACUAGGUAAGAUUGCCAUCAGACAAGAGUACCACAAUAUAACGAGUAGGAUAGCCCUUAAGUUGGCAGACUCUAAGUAGGUCUGAGGGGAAGUCUGUAGGGAGUGACACCAUGAGUUUGCCGCAGUGGGUAACACCAACCAGGGGUGGGGGCGGUACUCCCCUGGAAUGUAAUUCUUCCUCUAAAUGUGUGCCGGCAUAGUUGGCCGAUUUCAAUGGAAAUAAAUGGAUUAUGGAGAUUAAACUGCUCAAGGCAUGAGUAUAUUGUUCAUCAAAUUCUACUCACUGGAAUAAGAUACUGGAACUCUGAAAGUGUAGAUAGCCCUUUAGUCUCACCUUAUGAAAGAGUCGUAGUGUAGGGGGAAAAGGGAGAGAAGUCGAACAAAAUGAUUACACAACAAGGGAAGGUAUUUUUUUUGGCAAUACUUUUUUCUUAGGAUGUGGAUUGACAAGAUAUAACAAGCUCAAUGCUGGACUGUCUAAAAGCUUUAACAAACUUCACUAAAACAAUUGAAAAAUGAUACGGUAGCCUUCAUAUGUUCGCUAAGAUUCAGUGAACAUGUAAUAAUAUUAAUGAAAAAAUAGAGAAAUUUUACAUCCAGAAGAUAGGUUUUAGGAGAAGCAGGGAAUUCUUUAUACAAACUAUUAAAAAACGAAUAAAACUUCCUAUUAAGCCGUUCUAACCUUAUGCUAAGAAUUUUUUCUCAAGUUUUUUAUUAAAAAAAUUCAAAACUCUCUUUAAUAUUUACAUGAUGGUUUUACUGAUUUUUUUUCUAUGCCACCCCAUUUCAUAUUUUCCCUCAAACCAUUGAUUGUUUGGUCUUAUAGUAAGUCGAUGACUGCAACUGUGAGUUUGAAACUUGUUAUGUGUUUGCGCUCUAAAUGUUACUUCCUCUAAUAAAUGGUCAGAUUAAGGCGUUUGUGGAUUUGUUACAGACUACAUAAGGACAAAAAGCUAUCUAUGUAUUGUACACAUAAAGAGAUAGAUCAAUGGAGUACUACAAGCCAGGGGCACCUUAAUCAAAGGGGGCCAAGGACUAAAACAGUAUAGAGACGGGAAGCGAGAGUGGAAACCGCUCGAGUACGCAAUGCCCUAGCCCGUUCGUCUGAAAAAGUUGAGCAAUAGGAAGCUAGACGUGACACCGAUUGUUUACGCUCUCCUCGAUCCAGACGAGCACUGCACGCUUACAAUAAAUCUUAGUGCAUUCCAAUUCGAUUGUAAUUACGAUUAUAAUCUUCAUCCAAGUGGGUUUUUUGAAAAAAAUUGGUAAAUUAUGCGCGUAUUGCAGAGCCCUCAAAUUUAAGAAUGAAACACCGGAAAUGUGCAGUGCGGGUGGGGAAUUGAAAUUCCCAGAAUUACAUUCACCACCCGAAUCAUUAUCAACAUUAUUAUCAGGUGACAUAAGCCAAAUGAAACAUUAAUUGGAAAACAUACGCAAGCACAAAUCAUGUUUCCAAAUGGCAUCGUUCAGUGCCUGUAACAGACCAUGUUUGCACACGAAACCAUUAAGUCGGGGAGGUGGCAAGAGUUGAAUAGUGAACUCUAUUAACGUGUAUUAUUUCACGGUAAAGGAGAGAGCAUUAUAUUUUUGUACGGCGAAAGUGAGCCGCACGUUUUUGCGUGAUCAGUCGCAGUACCUCUCAUGUCGAAGGGAAGGGAAGACGUCUUUAACUUUCUGUCAUGUGAAUUUUCUAUAAAGCCAUGGAGUAUUAUAUAUUUAUACAUGUGUGAGAUCCUUGAUUCUAUUACCUGGAUAUUUGUGCAAUGAUUAUUAUUAUUGUUGUAGAAAAGUGAUGUAAUAAAGUACUGUGAAUUUAACUGGAAAAUGAUGUCUACUUCUUGUGUGACAGACUGAAAGAGUUAAGAGGUGAAAGAGUGAAGUAAACAUUACAUUAUAUGAGCUGGCAUCCUGAAGCACGAGAUAUAAGUGAAGUAGUUAACCAUGCUAACACAACGCACUAAAAUUAGCAUGUGUUACAGUGCCACAAAUAUCGUAGGCGAUUAUUACAUGCCAAUAUUUAAAUUGCAAGGGCAAAUUUAUUAUCUUGCAGGAUCACUACUACAACUGCCGAAAACAGAUCACGAACCUCUUCAAAUUUAUUUAUGGGUAAGAAUGAUAAACAAAUCGAUUAAGUUGACAAAUAAAUACGGGCACUAAAUGAGAAAUUGUCACUGAUUGCAAACUUUUAUUUUCAACACAAGGAAUUAAGUCAAUUGUCCAGAAUUUCUCUUUAACAAAUGCCAACUGAUGCCGACAAAGUUGUAGUUAUAGCAGACAAAUGUCAUUUCGGCCAACAAGAAAGACAAUACAAUGCACCAACAAUCGAUGAAGUAGCGAUCGUUAUAGUUGGCGAAGAAUUAACGUACAUGAUAUAAUUCUUCCUUUUUGGAAAAUGGUGAUAUACAUCGAGUCUCAGAAAUUCAUCACGCAUACAAUGGAUUGCAAUAUCUAAUUUUAUUUUGGCAAGGAGAAAUGGAUAUUAUUUCAAUAUUAAAUACAAAAAUUCACAAAAAGCUGAGGAAUCGAAUAAGAAAGUAAGUGCCAUGAACUACUAUUCGUGUCGAUUGAUAAUCUAUGAGAGUGCCGAAAAUCGUAUCUUGAAAUGUCGACAAUUGUUCUAUCAAUACAUUGUUGAUAUGUAUGCGAAAAUAGAAAUUAAACGGUUCCUCUAAAAUGCUUUCCGAAGAGUACAUUAAUUUACGUGAUGCAGUUACGAAUGAUGGCCAUGUGAAUCCAAAUGAAUUGAGGAAAAGUGUUAUACUACUGGCCAACGUUCCCAUUGAGCUGCGCUUCAUCGUACACUAAAAGUUUUGAGAGGAAAUGAAAAGCUCUUCAGAUGAAAAGGUCUUCAGUGGCGAGCUCAUUGUAUUGCCUAAUGAUUUUCGACAAGCUUUAUUAGAUAUGCCACGUUCAACGGCUGCUGAUCAAUUAAAUGAAUGUCUCAAAUCAUCAGUUUUGUGGCGACAUGUACGGGAAUUGACUUUGAAAUCCAAUAUGCCUGUACAACUACACACUGUUUCAUCCGCUGAACGUUUCCCAAAAAAAAAUUGUUGGACAUUGGGAAUGGGAAAAGGGAAAUCGAUGAAUUCACACAAUGUUUUACACUGCCAAGAAGCUUCUUUAAAAUUACAGCAACCACCUUCAAAUUGAUUCAUAAAGUUUUUUUUUUUCCAAAUGUUGCACAAAAUUACAAAAAUCAUCAGUGUCUAAGUGCACGUACUAUAUUAGCAGCCAAACAAAAACAAAGUCAAUGCCAUCAGCUUAAGGAUUCAAAAUGAAAUAGCAGGCGCAACAACAAAGUGAAAGUCCAUCGAAGCGGUAUUGAAUCAAGACGAAGUUUUCAAUUAUCCAUCGGAAUUCUUGAAUUCACUUGACUGGCCAGGCAUCCCAUCGCACCAUUUAACUUUGAACAUUGGCGUGCCUAUCAUUCUUUUAUGAAACAUAAAUCCACCACGAAUUUGAAACGCUACCAAUCUUUCAGUGAAAAACAUGAUCAACAAUAUUAUCAAAGCUACUAUUUUAAAUGGAAAAUGUGAAGGAAGAGAUGUACUGCUGCCACGUGUUCCAAUGAUUCCAACAUAUAUGCCAUUUGAAUUCAAACGUCUGAAGUUUCCGGUGCGAAUCGCAUUUGCAAAAGCCAUUAUUAAAGCACAUUGACAAUCGCUACAGAUGUGUGGAAUAAAUUUGGAAAACCCAUGAUUCGCCCAAGGACAGCUGUAUGUAGCCUGCUCUCACGUCGGAACACCUUCUGAUUUAAUCGUGUAUGCAACCACACGGAAAAAAAUGUGUAUUUAAAAGCUCUUUCAUGAAGCAUAAUUAAAUCGCAAAGACUCUCUUUCUUUGAGUGGCAUUGCAACGCAUGCUGGGUACUUGCUAGUAUAAAAUAUUUGAAGGAGCUAUCAUGCCCAUGAUGCCUGUUAGGUUUGAAAAAAUAUGCCGCCUGACGAGUGUUUUAAAAAAAAAGAAGACUUUUUUUAGCAUGGUUGAUCCUCCAAAACGGGUACGAUAAAUUAGACACCAAUUUUUGUUUAAUGGUUAGCUAUUGUUUUAUUAUUGCUUUGUCGAAAGGUCUACAAUAAAAAUAGAAAUAGUCUUGCAUGGAGUAAAAACAAGAUGGAAAUCAUAUUUAAAUCUAAUUAAUUAAUUAAUUACAGAAAAUGUUGAACUUCUGUUUUCAGGUUCUAAUCACAGAUGCCGGAAAAUGCAAUUAUGAGACUAAGACUUAUGGAUGCAAGCUAAUAGGCGGAAGAGCCUACCGCCACUUCUAUGAGUCGAUCAUGUAUUAUUACUACAGAUUAUGCACAGUUAGGGCACGGAUGUUGGACAAAAUAGUUAGCGCGAAGCCAAUCCCGAUAAAUGCACCGGGAAUUAAGCAUGUCAGCAAUGAACUGAAAAUGUCCGAUUACAAAAGUAGGUAAACCAUAAUUUUUAAUGCAAUUAAUUAAUCUGAAAACAUACAUAAAUUCAGUCCAUUUUUUGAUAAUUUUUUAUUUGUAAAUUUUAAAUAUUAAAAUUGAGACUUACGACACACUUGCUAUACAUAAAUACUAUAAAUAUCUCGGUUGUAAAGAAAGUGAUUAUAUUUCUAUGGGUAAGCUAUUAAUGGAGGUGGAUAACAUUUUAUUCUUUUUAACAAACAUUGCAACGGUAUUUCUCUUCUCAGUCUACUAUUUGAAUAAGUUUCUAUUCGCGUGUAAAAAUAGACUUCUUCUUUUAAAAUGAAACAAGGGGUUGGUAAAACAAUAUUGAGCUUAAAUUGACACAAUCAUCAUUUCGCAAAAUGAUUGUUUGACAUACACAAGCGUAUGUCAAUAAAUAGAUAUACCGAUGUUUAAUGUCCGUCCUUCUCAUGCGUGUAUGAAUAAGCCCGUAUUUCACGGUGAGCGUGCAUGUGACUGCAGUGUCCUAUUUUUGCUGCUUGGAAAGAUUGUACAAUCGUCUUGUUGUGGUCCAAACGUGAUUGGAGGCUAUUCUGCUUUGCAUCACUGCCCUGAUUCCUUGCCCGAAAGCGGUACAUUUACUUUCUAAAGAGUUCACUCCAGAAGUUAGUCUGAUUAACACUCUGAAGCUUAUACUCCAGAAGUGAGUAUUCCUCACCGACAUGAAUUAUCAAUAGCAUUUUUUUUCCUGUGAAUUCAGGUCAAUGACCAUGAAUUUCAGUUGCACUCUUUGAGAAUGUUUAAAUCGUUUUUAUAUCUAACAGGUGCUGACAUGAGCAAAAUUAUUUUUCUAUAAAUUGUGCAAUUUUUUCUACAUUUAAUCUAGAUGAUAGCAGAUACUCUUUAGAUGACAAUGGAGUUAUCGAAAUUGCAGAGGGCGAUGAUCCAUGUAUGCACAUAGAUAAAUCUAAAAAUGGCGUAGACAAAAUUUAUCUACCAGGUAUUAUCAGAUUCAUUUAAAGAUUUGCAGAUACACGUCCAUCGUUUUUAUAACUUACAAACAUUUUAAAGAUUGUGUCUCCUUAGGGUGUAGAUUUAAUGUUGGCUAUAGCGUGUAGAUGAAGGUGUUCCUAUAGGGUGUAGUUAAAGGUGUUUCUACAGGGUGUAGAUAAAGGUGUUUCUGUAGGGUGUAGAUAAAGGUGUUUCUCUAGGGUGUAGAUAAAGGUGUUUAUGUAGGGUGUAGAUAAAGGUGUUUCUGUAGGGUGUAGAUAAAGGUGUUUCUAUAGAGUGUAGCUAAAGGUGUUUCUGUAGGGUGUAGAUAAAGGGGUUUCUACAGGGUGUAGAUAAAAGUAUAUCUAUAGGGUGUAGAUAAAGGUGUAUCUAUAGGGUGUAGAUAAAGGUGUUUCUAUAGGUUGUAGCAAAAGGUGUAUCUAUAAAGUGUAGAUAAAGGUGUUUCUAUAGGGUGUAGCUAAAGGUGUAUCUAUAAAGUGUAGAUAAAGGUGUUUCUAUAGGGUGUAGCUAAAGGUCUAUCUAUAAAGUGUAGAUAAAGGUGUUUCUACAGGGUGUAGAUAAAAGUGUAUAUAUAGGGUGUAGAUAAAGGUGUAUCUAUAGGGUGUAGAUAAAAGUGUAUCUAUAGGACGUAGAUAAAGGUGUUUCUGUAGGGUGUAGAUAAAGGUGUUUCUGUAGGGUGUAGAUAAAGGUGUUUCUAUAGGGUGUAGACAAGGGUGUUUCUAUAGGGUGUAGAUAAAGGUUUUUCUUUAGGGUGUAGAUAAAGGUGUUUCUGUAGGGUGUAGAUAUAGGUGUUUCUGUAGGGUGUAGAUAUAGGUGUUUCUGUAGGGUGUAGAUAAAGGUGUUUCUGUAGGGUGUAGAUAAAGGUGUUUAUAUAGGGUGUAGCUAAAGGUGUAUCUAUAAAGUGUAGAUAAAGGUGUUUCUACAGGGUGUAGAUAAAAGUGUAUCUAUAGGGUGUAGAUAAAGGUGUUUCUAUAGGGUGUAGAUAAAAUUGUACCUAUAGGGUGUAGAUAAAGGUGUUUCUAUAGGGUGUAGCUAAAGGUGUAUCUAUAGGGUGUAGAUAAAGGUGUAUCUAUAGGGUGUAGAUAAAGGUGUUUCUAUAGGUUGUAGCAAAAGGUGUAUCUAUAAAGUGUAGAUAAAGGAGUUUCUAUAGGGUGUAGCUAAAGGUGUAUCUAUAAAGUGUAGAUAAAGGUGUUUCUACAGGGUGUAGAUAAAAGUGUAUGUAUAGGGUGUAGAAAAAGGUGUAUCUAUAGGGUGUAGAUAAAGGUGUAUCUAAAGGGUGUAGAUAAAGGUGUAUCUAUAAAGUGUAGAUAAAGGUUUUUCUACAGGGUGUAGAUAAAAGUGUAUCUAUUGGGCGUAUAUAAAGGUGUAUCUUCAGGGUGUAGAUAAAGGUGUUUCUAUAUGGUGUAGCUAAAGGUGUAUCUAUAAAAUGUAGAUAAAGGUGUUUCUAUAGGGUGUAGCUAAAGGUGUAUCUAUAAAGUGUAGAUAAAGGUGUUUCUAUAGGGUGUAGCUAAAGGUGUAUAUAUAGGGUGUAGAUAAAGGUGUUUCUAUAGGGUGUAGCUAAAGGUGUAUCUAAUAAAGUGUAGAUCUAUAAAGUGUAGAUAAAGGUAUUUCUAUAGAGUGUAGCUGAAGGUGUAUCUAUAAAGUGUAGAUAAAGGUGUUUCUACAGGGUGUAGCUAAAGGUGUAUCUAUAGGGUGUAGAUAAAGGUGUAUCUAUAGGGUGUAGAUAAAGGUGUAACUAAAGGGUGUAGAUAAAGGUGUAUCUAUAAAGUGUAGAUAAAGGUUUUUCUACAGGGUGUAGAUAAAAGUGUAUCUAUAGGGCGUAUAUAAAGGUGUAUCUAUAGGGUGUAGAUAAAGGUGUUUCUAUAGGGUGUAGCUAAAAGUGUAUCUAUAAAGUGUAGAUAAAGGGAUUUAUAUAGGGUGUAGCUAAAGGUGUAUCUAUAGGGCGUAGAUAAAGGAGUUUCUAUAGGUUGUAGACAAAGGUGUUUUUAUAGGGUGUAGAUAAAGGUGUAUCUGUAAAGUGUAGAUAAAGGUGUUUCUACAGGGUGUAGAUAAAGGUGUUUCUGUAGGGUGUAGAUAAAGGUGUUUCUGUAGGGUGUAGAUAAAGGUGUUUCUAUAGGGUGUAGCUAAAGGUGUAUCUAUAGGGUGUAGAUAAAGGUGUAUCUAUAAGGGGGGUAGAUAAAGGUGUUUCUAUAAGGUGUAGCUAAAGGUGUAUCUAUAAAGUGUAGAUAAAGGUGUUUCUAUAGGGUGUAGCUAAAGGUGUAUCUAUAAAGUGUAGAUAAAGGUGUUUCUAUAGGGUGUAGCUAAAGGUUUAUCUAUAAAGUGUAGAUAAAGUUGUUUCUAUAGGGUGUAGCUAAAGGUGUAUCAAUAAAGUGUAGAUAAAGGUGUUUCUAUAGGGUGUAGAUAAAAGUGUAUCUAUAGGGCGAGGGCGUAGAUAAAGAUGUUUCUGUAGGGUGUAGAUAAAGGUGUUUAUGUAGGGUGUAGAUAAAGUUGUUUCUAUAGGGUAUAGAUAAAGGUGUUUCUAUAGGGUGUAGACAAGGGUGUUUCUAUAGGGUGUAGAUAAAGGUGUUUCUAUAGGGUGUAGCUAAAGGGGUAUCUAUAAAAUGUAGAUAAAGGUAUUUCUGUAUGGUGUAGAUAAAGGUGUUUCUAUAGGGUGUAGAUAAAGGUGUUUCUGUAAGGUGUAGAUAAAGGUGUUUCUAUAGGGUGUAUAUAAAGGUGUUUCUGUAGGGUGUAGAUAAAGGUGUUUCUGUAGGGUGUAGCUAAAGGUGUAUCUAUAAAGUGUAGAUAAAGGUGUUUCUACAGGGUGUAAUUAAAAUUGAAUCUUUGGGAUGUAAAUAAAGGUGUUUCUAUGGGGUGUAGAUAAAGGUGUAUCUAUAGGGUGUAGAUAAAGGUGUAUUUAUAGUCUGUAGAUAAAGAUGUUUCUAUGUUGUUUAGAUUGAUUUUUAUAUAUGACAAGCCCCCAUAAAGUACUCAUAUUUUUAAGCUACAAAACAAUAAUCUUUUCAAUGAAUUGGCAACUACUUGCUGGUUUGUAAAAGUCUUGAGCAAUAAUACAAAUUAAGUGAUUAUGUCGAGUUGUUGAUGGAGAUGCUAGUUGGUAAGUUUGUAAAAAUCAUCCAAGCAGUAAUACAAUGUAUCUCACUAUCUCACUAUGUCGUGUGUUUGGUGGAGAUGAUAUUUGGUACGUUUGUAAAAGUCUUCAGAGCAAAAAUACAAUGUGAAUGAGUGUGCCUUUGGGUUGAUGAAGAUGAUAUGGUAAGAUUGCGAUUAAACACAAGAACAUUGAUUACUUUAAUGUAUUAUCAGUGUUAUUAUUUCCUCAUCGAAAUGGCGAAAUAUAUUUGUUUACAAUAAAAUGUAAUUUUAUUUAUUUAAAAUACAAAAUAAUUUAAUUUUUAAAAUUUAACUUAUUUACAUUGUAAUUUAUUCACAGAUGCUUUAUUGAUCAUUUUGGGAUCAAUCACUGCCAUCAUCAAACUUGUUAUCUACUAGCAAGUGUCAAGUUCACUAGAACAUUGAGUUCAAAUAAAAGAUAGACAAAGCCAUGUCCUAAGCAAAACAAAGCAGACAAUGUAACAUUUAAGAUUAAAACCUAGCCAGUUUCAACAAUACCUAUGGUUUAUUCAAAGGUUUUGAAGACGAUAGAGAGAAAAUAAAUUUAGCAGCAUGCCAUAUUACCUAUGUUUUAUUCUAAGAUUUUGAACACGAUAGAGAGAAAAUAAAUUUAGCAAUAUUCCACAUAUUUCCUAUAUUUUAUUAUGCGACACAUUGGUAUUUCUAAAUGAGAUAAUGCAAUAGAUGAUAGACAGACACAAGAUAGUGUAGAAUGGAAAUGCCAAACCAUCGUGUCUAAGUCUGGCUUGUACUAAAAACCUAACAUUAACAUCAAUUGUGGUUUUAAAAAAUGUUUUGUCAACAAAUAUAUCCAACAACAGUCCAUCAAGUCAACCUCAUAAUGAACGAAAAUUUAAACUGAAUGCAUCGAAAUAGAAGCGUUAAAAGAUGUUUUGUUAUUAAGUUAUUGGGUUGGGGGGGGGCAGAACUAAACAUACACGAAUUAAAAGAUUUAUGCUGCAUUCUAAACUUCAUUCCAAUAAUAAAGCAUAUUCAGAUUCAACCAUUUUCUUGGAUUAAUACAUUUACAAACUUUUUCUAAGUCACAAAAUUUAGAUUGUCGAG